AUGUCCGACGUGUACUCUUACUCUCUCGAAACGUCCAAGGGCGAGCUCAAGCUCGCUGAUUACAAGGACAAGAACAUUCUCAUCGUCAACGUCGCGAGCCGCUGCGGCCUCACUCCGCAGUACAAGGACCUGCAGGCCCUGAGCGACAAUUAUCCCCAGCUCGAGAUUGUUGGCCAGCCUUGUAACCAGUUCAAGGCACAGGAGCCGGGAACGGACGACGAGAUCCUCCAGUUCUGCCAGAUGAAAUAUGGGGUCACGUUCCCUAUUGCGCGCAAGGGCGACGUGAAUGGGCCACAGGCGACACCGCUUUAUCAGUACCUCAAGAGUCACUCGGAGCCGCCUGUGCAUGAUAUUGACUGGAACUUUUCAAAAUUCCUCGUCAAGCCCGGAGGCAAGAUUACGUGGUUCCCGGCGCGGUCGACCAAGGUCGCCGACGUCGAGGCUGCGCUGUAG